GGACAAGAAGAAGGGAAGGAGAGGUGGUCCACAUAUAGAGGGGCGAGAGGGCGCGGCUUGUCCAGACGUUUUCAGUCCCGCUGACGACAAUCAUGUCGCCAAAGUUUAUAUUUCUACUAGGAUGCCUUACUCUACUUGCCGUUACGGUGAGAGCGCAAGAUGAUGAGGGAGAGGACGGGGCUGGUCCUAAUGCUGAGGAGCUGUGCCAGGACAGGCCUGGUGAUGAAUACUUCCGUCUCAGUGUCGAUGGCGACUGCAGGGACGUCGUGAGAUGCGACAAAGCUACUGAGAUUGGCGUAACUCGAUUGGCCUCUGUCAAGUGUCCAACUGGUUUGGCAUUUGACAUCGAGCGACAAACCUGCGAUUGGAAGACUAACGUGAAGAAUUGCGAACAACUUGAGAAGCCACGUAAGGUACUUCCAAUUCUCAAGACAGAUGAGCCCAUUUGUCCUGAGGGCAAAUUGUCCUGUGGUAAUGGAGACUGUAUUGAGAAGGAACUCUUCUGUAAUGGAAAACCAGACUGUAAGGAUGAGUCUGACGAAAACGCAUGUACCGUCGAGACCGACCCCAACCGCGCCCCCGACUGCGACCCAACCCAGUGCGUCCUCCCUGACUGCUACUGUUCAGCUGACGGCACGAGAAUUCCCGGUGGAAUUGAGCCAUCCCAGGUCCCCCAGAUGAUCACCAUAACGUUUAACGGUGCCGUGAAUGUCGACAACAUCGACCUCUACGAGGACAUCUUCAACGGCCAGCGUAUGAACCCCAACGGCUGUCAGAUCCGUGGUACCUUCUUCGUGUCCCACAAGUACACAAACUACUCAGCAGUGCAGGACCUGCACAGGAAGGGUCACGAGGUGGGCGUCUUUUCCCUAACUCACAAGGACGAUCCGCAGUACUGGACCCAGGGGACCUACGACGACUGGCUAGCGGAGAUGGCAGGUGCCAGAUUGAUCAUCGAAAGAUUCGCCAACAUCACUGACGGUUCGAUUAUUGGAAUGAGAGCCCCCUACCUCAGGGUCGGUGGCAACAAACAAUUCGAGAUGAUGUCCGAUCAAUUCUUCGUGUACGAUGCAUCAAUCACCGCUUCCCUGGGUCGUGUCCCCAUCUGGCCGUACACUCUGUACUUCAGAAUGCCCCACAAGUGCAAUGGCAACGGUGGAAAUUGUCCCUCAAGGUCACAUCCAGUCUGGGAAAUGGUGAUGAAUGAGCUCGAUCGUCGUGACGAUCCAACAUUCGACGAGUCUCUUCCUGGUUGUCACAUGGUGGACUCUUGCUCCAACGUACAGACUGGUGAGCAGUUCGGACGACUUUUGAGGCACAACUUCAACAGACACUUCAACAGCAACAGAGCUCCCCUGGGUCUCCACUUCCACGCAUCCUGGCUCAAGAGCAAGAAGGAGUACAGAGACGAACUGAUCAAGUUCAUUGACGAGAUGUUGGGUAAGGGGGAUGUCUACUUUGUCACGAUGGUACAGGUCAUCAAGUGGAUGCAGACACCCACGGAGUUGUCGCAGUUGAGGGACUUCCAGGACUGGAAGGAGACUUGUGAUGAGAAGGGACAGCCCUACUGCUCACUUCCGAAUGCAUGUCCACUUACAACUAGGGAACUUCCUGGAGAAACUCUGCGACUCUUCACUUGCAUGGAGUGCCCUAAUAAUUAUCCAUGGCUUCUUGAUCCCACUGGGGAUGGGUUCACUGUGAAGAAGUGAGGGGGUGGCGGAGUGUAACGAAGUGGUAGAUCGAGGGUAAAUGCGAACUGGGGCGGAAAUAUGAAUAUUUAAAAAUUCAGAAAAAUCAAAGAAAUGCGUCUCUCCAAUUAACUAACAUUUGCGUAAUCGAUAGAUUUUUUGGGUUUUCUUUUUAGAACUCUCUACGAGCCACGUCCUCCGCGUGAGACCUGGACGAGAAUAAAUUUCUUCGGAAAGUUUCUAAAAGAAUAUUUUUACUUAAUCGAAAGUUGCUGCGAUCAUUUGAGAAUUAGAAGCAUGCGAAGAAUCGAAGAUCUCGAAUUGACCACUUCAAUACGGAAAUCAUUUUCGUGUCUUUCGAUGAUGAGUCUGAAUUCAUCGAUGUCCGACUCGCAACGAAAGUCCCGAAUUAUUUUCACUUGUAAAUAUCCACCGAAAUGAUAAUGAGAAAAGAAAUUAUUGAAUUUAUACGUUACCGAGGCGCGUGAUAGGGGAUCUCGACAACAACUCGACUUUCUCUGGUUUUGAGGAAUUAAAAAUGAAUGGUUCGCUGAGAAAGUCUGCGAGGUCAGAAGUGAUACCUCCCCAGCGUGUGGAUCGAAUGCGAAAUUAGUUGUAGAGUAGAAUUGAUGAUUGUUUUUGAAAAUUGUAUUCGUGAGGUUGAUCGAUUCCGACGGUGGGGAUUUUAAUAUGAUUUACUGAAACACGAGAAAAAUUUCGUACGUGCUGAUGUCUUGUUUAGAAAAUAAGCAGUUGUGUCUUAAUUUUAAUGAUGAGCUUAAACUAUUUCUCAAUAAACAAAGAAUAUAAAAAUUA